AUGAACUCCAAGCAGCGUACAGAGCUAUCUCGCGCACUCUCUCGCAUGCUACGACACAAUGCGGCCAACGAAGGUCUUGCUGUGCGCUCUGAUGGUUACAUCAGUGUAGCGGCGAUACUUGCUCGGCCAAAGCUUAAAAAGUUUCAAGCGACACAGGCCAAGAUUGAGGAAGUCGUCGCCUUGGACAAUAAAUCGCGCUAUGCAAUGCAGCAAAUUGAUGGUGUUUUGUUCAUUCGAGCAAAUCAGGGCCAUUCCAUUCAAGUGGAUGAUCUCGAGCUGGAGAAAAUUCAAGAUGCUACUCGCUUCCCAGUGGUGCUGCACGGGACCAACGAGACGGCCCUCAAGCUGAUUCAAGAAUCAGGAGGUCUAUCAAAAAUGAAGCGCAACCACAUUCAUUUGGCAACAGGCAAGUUUGGUGACGAAGGCGUGACGUCUGGAGUCCGCAAGGACUGCACAGUCUUCAUUUACGUUGACAUGGCAAAAGCCAUGGCCGAUGGCAUUCUCUUCUACAAAUCAGCCAACGGUGUUAUUCUCACCGCAGGCAUUGACGGCAUCCUCGCAGACAAGUACUUUUCCAAGGUUGAACAAUCAGAGGACAAGUCAACAAAUGAGGCAGAACCCAGCAAGAAGGAUUUUUAG